UUCCAUCAUCUGUUUUUGUUGCGUGAUCUCGGAAGAGCUAACAGAAGUUAUUUCCGAAUUUUAAUUCAAUUUUCUGUAGUUAAAAAGUCGGACCCUAAUCGAAGAUAAAUAAAAAUGCUCUCCCGAGCGUGUCACUUGGCGGCCAGGAACGCUAUAGGCAGGAAUUUAAGCGUAAAACCGGAGUUCGCGGUGUCUUUAGCUGUUACCGCAAACAGGAAUUAUCACAUCGCCUCGUGCGUUAACCGGCCGCAAUUGGGAAGACAGAUUUCGAACCAUGUCCCCGUUGGACGAAUUCAGAAUAAGUUCAUCAAUCCUCUUGCGGCCUCUGUUCUGGUGCGUAACAUCAGUACCAAUGAACCAGAGACCAGCUUGCUGGAAACGAUUCCUGAGCCGCCACCUAUUCCAGCAGCACCUGAAGUGGCAGAUCUAGUGGCUAGUGCUGAGCCGACCUUUGCAUCUUUGGGUCUUGGAGGAUGGAGCCCUGUCGGAAUUGUGCAAAACUGUAUGGAAUACCUACACAUCGGAUUGGAUUUGCCCUGGUGGGGCUGUAUUGCUAUUGGAACGGUUUGCGUGCGGAUGAUUUUGUUCCCGUUGGUGAUAGCAGCACAGCGAAAUGCCGCAAAAAUGAACAACAAUAUGCCUCAGAUGCAACAUCUACAGAUGAAAAUGACUGAAGCCCGGCAGGCCGGGAAUGCAAUUGAUUCGGCUCGUUAUGCCCAGGAAAUGGUGGCCUUCAUGAAGGAGAAAGACCUUAACCCACUGAAGAGUAUGUUUGUACCUCUGGCUCAAGCCCCCAUCUUUAUUUCGUUUUUCAUCGGUCUUCGACAAAUGGCAAAUACACCGGUGGAAUCGCUACACACUGGAGGUUUGUUUUGGUUCACCGAUCUAACGUUGUGCGACCAAUUUUAUGCCCUACCUAUCAUCACCAGUAUAACUAUGUUCCUUACCAUUGAACUGGGAACUGAUUCGGCCCGAAUGUCUGCCCAAAACAUGCAAACCGUUAAGUACGUACUGCGGGCAAUGCCUCUGUUCAUUUUCCCGUUCACCUUAAGCUUCCCGGGUGCCAUUCUGUGCUACUGGGUGUGCAGCAACUUCUUCUCGCUGAUGCAGGUUGGUUUCCUGCGGAUUCCCGCCGUACGAGAUUACUUUAAAAUCGACAAACUGGUUGUACAUAAACCGGAAACGCUACCCAUCAAGAAAAAGAAGUUCACCGAAGGAAUCAAGGAUUCUUGGACGAAUAUGAAGAUCAGCCGUGAGUUGGAAGAGCGGGCCCGAAUCGACGAAAUCAACUUCCAAAAAGCUGGACGAGGCCCGAUGGUCAAGACCUACAAAUUCGACCCAACGGCUCAGCGACCAACGCCGGCCGCUCCCGGUAGUACUAUCAACGCCAAAAAGCGAUAGAUUUCUUUGUUCCAAAUAAAAGCUGUUCUAAACAACCAACAUUUAUUACCUUGAAAAUAAAUCUAUUAGUUUAUUUUUUUAAAUCGA